AUGCAGCAUAUGAAUUUUGGUUCACAGCUAGGAAUGUCUUCUUUGCAACUUAGUCGAGAUGCCUCUGCUGCCGGAGCAGCACGUGGUGUUACCAAACAAAAUACGGAUUUGGAGAUUGAGUCAGUUGAGGCCUCAAGGAAAUCUGAAGUGGACAAAUUGAAAAAGCACUUCAGAGUGGAGGUAAAUUACUCAUUUCCAAUGUCACAGUUACAAUUUUAG